GACAGGCAGAGGCAGGGCAUCAAGACGCCCUUCAGGCAUUGCUGCCGUAAGAGCCGUGCAACAUUCUUAUUUUCUCCAUGCCUGUCUCCCGGAUCCCUUGGCCAUGGCGGUUCUUCUGCCUGGUGCUGAAGAUGGCAUCUCCACUCCUCCACGGAAACCCCUGGUAAGAGCUGCUGUGAGCUUCAGGGGUUCAAGAUAAAGUUACCGCGAGUUUUGAGGUUAUUCUUGGGCAGUCGACACUCAGAAAUCAGCACAGCAACUACACCACACUCGUCCACGCCGGGACUGGUUUCCAACAUGGCCUCCCCCAAGUCGGUCCUGUCAAAGACGCUCCAGAGCAUCACACUCAGCAAGAUACGCGAACUUGAAUCACGCCACAAGACGUACGAAGCCCGCAAGCGCGAGUACCUUGCCAAGGUCGAUGCGGCUGCCGAUGAGCGAGACCGUCUCGCCUGUCUCAUCGACGCUCUCCGGGAACUCUCUCCGGCUGCCACCAAGGAUGUCAGCCUGAGCAACCUGAAGCGUUGGCUGGACCAGUCCCGCUACGAUGCCUCCAUCCCGGUAUCUAAGCUGGCCAGCUUCAACCGCCAGCUUCGCGCCAAGCUCGACAUCCAAAGCCGCAAGCUCGACAUGGCCCACCUGUACUCGCGUCUCUUGACCGAGUGGAUGGACCAGCCGCUUGUCGACCCGGUGCCUGCUUCAGCUGAUGAUAUGGACAACGACUCCUUCGAGGUCGUCGAACGCCAGCGCCAGCGCCUGAGCGAACUCGUAGACAAGUUUGAGUCGGUUGUCUUUGAACGGCUCGAGACAGACGAGGCCGCAAUCCGAGACUUCCUCAACGGCCUAUUCCCGGAUGAGGAGAGCCAAGAGGAGCUCGAGAAGCUGCGCAACAGGAUUGCCGACGACAGUGCCAGCUUUAUGUCCGAGACAGCCCCAUUCGACGAGGCGUCCCUUACCAGCUGCAUCAAGGGCCUCCUGACCGAGGACAUCCUCAGUGACGAGAAGCAAGCCAUUCUGCGGGACUUUCUUGAGAACGACAUUGCCAAGUCGGAGAUUGCUGACGUCUUGAACAUGCGCUUCUCCGACUUGAAGCAGUGGCAUUGGGACGCCGGGAAGGAUGGCAUUCGUGUCAUGCCGCGCCGCGGUCUCAACGGCAAGUAUCGCGUCUGGGCCGAUGACGACAUUCUGCAAAUGAUCUUUGUUCAGUACAUCGGAAUCAGACUGUGCAAUCUCCUCAAACCGGCUCUCAAGGAUUUCAUGCAGAGGGUGUGCUCCAAGAAUCUCCAGGGCCGCGUGGCGCCGACCUCGGCCGAUCUGGAAAGGCAUCGCUUCUACUUGCACAGCACACCGAUUCCCAUCUCUAGCAUUGAGUCGCGGCGCAAGUCGGACUACUUUGACAAGUUCUUCCUCUCGCAACUCCCUGCCACCGAGACCUCGCUCUUCGAUGGGGACAACAGGUACGACGACGAUGAUGAUAACGAUAGUGACAGCGAUGCGAGCGAGGCCGCCGACGUCACUUCCUCUCCGCAGAAGCGGUCUGGCAUCAAACAGCAACUCCUGCGCCACCUUACCGCCGAGCUGAUUGUCCAUCGGCUCCGCGGCCUCACCCACGAUACCCGGACAAGCCCCGGAAGCGGUGUGGCUCUGGUACAGACGGAUCUGCAGUGGUAUGCCACCGGGCUUUCGCAUAGCACCGUCUUUGCCGUCAUGCGCUAUGUCGGUUUUGGCCAGGACUGGAUUGACUUCUUUAAGAAAUACCUGGAGUCUCCCCUGAACCUAGACGCUGCCUCGGACAACCGACCCCAGCACGGCCCCCGCAUCCGCAAGAGGGGUGUCCCCAUGGCACACGCCUCGGAGAAGUUCACGGGAGAACUGGUGCUGUUCUUCAUGGAUCUUGCGGUGAACCGUGAGACGGGCAUCCUGCUGUACCGGCUGCAUGAUGACAUCUGGCUCGUCGGCGAGCCCCAGAGAAGCGCUCAGGCAUGGAGCUGCAUGCAAUCGUUCGCUACGGUAUUCGGCCUCGACUUCAACAAAGCCAAGACCGGCUCCAUCUACCUUCCCGGCUCCUCCAAAAAGGACACUACCAUCGCCAAGACGUUGCCGGCCGGUCCUGUCAGGAUCGGCUUCUUGUGUCUCGACCCCGAGUCUGGGAGAUGGGUCAUCGACCAGAAGCUCGUGGUGGCUCAUGUGGACCAGCUAGAGAAGCAGCUGACCGAGUGCAAGAGCGUGCUGUCGUGGGUCCAAACGUGGAAUUCAUGCAUUGGCCGCUUCUUCAGCCACACAUUCGGCGAGCCUGCCUACUGCUUCGGGCGGGAGCACGUCGACGAGGUCCUGGACACGUAUCGGAACAUGUUGCGGAGGCUGUUCCCUGGCUCUAAGGGCAACGAAGGAAGCGUCGUUGAACACCUCAAACACAUGAUCCAGGAUCGCUUCGGAGUCCCGGAUUUGCCGGACUCUUUCAUCUACCUGCCAGAACAGUUGGGAGGCCUGGGGCUCCGCAAUCCGUUCGUGGGCUUGUUCUUGAUCCGCAAUAAGAUCAUCCAGACGCCCCAGGAGAUUGUCAACGAGUACCUCAAGCAGGAGCGCGACAGGUACCUGCAAGCCAAGAAGACAUUCGAGGCGCUCGACGAGCCAGCCCUGCGCCGCCUCCUGCGGUACAUAUACCCCGACCCCGACGCCGUCAAAGAACGCGCCAUCUCAGAGUCGGACAUGACCACCUUCUUCUCGCUCGCGGAGUAUAGCCGGUUUCGCGAAGGAGACGAUUACGGGUUUUGGUCAAUGUUUCAGAAGCUGGUGACGGUCCCGGAGACGGAGGAGAUCGCCUUGAGCAAGGAAGUUGAAAGCGGGCUGAGGGAGUUCCUGGCUGACAGUGUCCGGCUGGACUCGGAGAAGAAGUGGUUUCUGCAGCUCUAUGCGAGGGAGCUGCUGGAGGACUUUGGUGGGCUGAGCCUGGUCGACAAGCAGUUCCUUCCCGUCGGCGUACUGGCCAUGAUGCGGGGAAAGAAGGUCAGCUGGAACAUGGUCCUCUGAAGGAUGCUUGGUGUUGCGAACCGCUUCUGUGAUGGAUGAUCCAUCACAGAAGCAACUAUUCGUUGAACGAAACAACCAAGGACUGAUAUCGGGAUUAUCAUGUAUGCCGUUUUGUAAUACAUGCUAUUGGUUUUCUAUCCGCCAAUACCCAAGGUUUUCGAUGCCC